AUGUCCGAAAUCAAACCCAUUCAAGUCUGGGGCAAAGGAGGCCCAAACCCGCCCAAAGUAGCCGCCGUGCUAGAGGAACUGAGCCUCCCCUACGAGGUGGUCGCCGUUCCACUGUCGGACGUGAAGAAACCCCCCUACCUGGCCAUCAACCCCAAUGGCCGUCUGCCCGCCAUCCACGACCCGAAUGCGGACCUGACGCUCUGGGAAUCCGGGGCCAUCGUUGAAUACCUGGUGGAGCGGUACGACGCCGAGCAUCGAUUGAGCUUUCCUCGGGGCUCCAACGAGGCCGCGCAAGCCAAGCAGUGGCUCUUCUUCCAGGCCACAGGACAAGGACCGUAUUUUGGCCAAGCGGUCUGGUUCAAAAAGUACCAUCCGGAUCGCGUUCCCAGCGCGGUGUCCCGGUACGUCGGCGAGAUCAAUCGAGUGACGGGCGUCCUGGAAGGCCAAUUGGCACGACAGGCGGGCCAAGGGGGAGACGGGCCCUGGCUGGUAGGAGGGCGAUAUUCCUAUGCCGACCUCGCCUUCCAUUGCUGGCAGACUCUCGUGACAUAUGUCAUCCAACCCGAAGACGGCUACACGGUGGAGGAUUAUCCGCACGUCAAGGACUGGCUGGCUCGCAUCUCGGCUCGUCCGGCGGUGAACAAGGCGAUGGGCGAUGCCCAGCCCUUGAAGUAA